AUGGCGGACUCGCCGUCCUUCUCGCAUGCCCCGCUCCGCUCCUCGACCUCGCACACCUCCUUCUUCGACUCGUCCGCCCUCUCCCCGCCGCGCCGCAGCAGCUACUCGUUCUCCGACCUGCGCGCCUCCUCGCUGAGCUCCUCGCAGACGUCGUCGCUCCAGUCCACCGCCGCCAGCAGCGUCUCGCUCAACACCAAAUCCGACGACUCGAGCAGCGAUGACGAAGAACUGAUGCUCCCGGCGUACUCCGCCGGCGAGCAGCACAAGUAUGACGCCGACGCACACGAGGCCCCGCCAUCGAGUCCCCUACCAACCCCCGAUCUCUCUACGCCCUCCGACGCCGAGGCUGCAGUUACAUCCCCGGAUCCAUUGCCCAUAUCGGAGGACGACACAGCCGUCCGCGCGGAGCCCUCGCAGCAUGUCGACUAUCUCUCGCACGACUGGAAAGAGGAGGACAUAUGGUCGUCGUGGCGGCACAUUGUCGAGCACCGCAGGGUCUACGGCGAGCGGUCGAGGUUAGAGAAUGCGUCCUGGCGAACAUGGGCCAAAACCCAAUUUGGAUUGAAGACCGUCACGCCCGAUUCGCUGAACUGGUUAAAGGAUGUUGACGUGACCUGGCUCUAUGGGCCUCUGCAACCGGCGACAAAUCGGUCGUUCUCGCGGCAGAAUUCAGAGCCCGCAAGCCGGCUGUCAAAGAGCAAUUCCUUCCUCAACAAGAAACCAAUUCUCAAGAAACGCAGCAUGUCGGAAGUCAUGCUGCAGAAUUCCCUCUCCGCAUCGUCCUUGGUGAAGCAGGCCGCAGCAGCAGUGCAAGCCCAACAGGCCACUGGUGUCACUCUCGAACGGCGGAGAUCUCGGCCACUCAUCGGCCGCGCAUCUUCUGAUUUCUCAGGUUCGUUUCCAUCGAGGACCACAAGUCGGGAUACCACCGACUGCUUCUCCUCCCAGUCAACUUCGGGCCUGCAAACGCCAGAUCAAUCAGAGAAAAGACACAUUCGAUUCGAUGAGAAGGUCGAGCAGUGCAUCGCCGUGGAAUGCAAGGGCGAGGACGAUGAGGACGAGGAAGACUACAACCACAACCCGUGGGCGAAAUACCGGGACGAUGAUUCCUCGUCUGAUGAGGGCGUGGUCAUGAUGAAGAAAGCGCGACGGAAACGACCUUUAUCACGGACCAACUCACGCACUAGUAUCAGCAGUGAGAGCAAAACAAUCGCCAAGCUGCCUGCCACAACCCUAAAAUACAGGACAGACUCUCCUGACAUUGCCGACCAGCAGCCUUCCCAUUCGCUAGGGUUCUGGCGAUCCAGCCGAUUGUCGCCGUCCCCGUCUCAAGAGACUCUCAGACCGUCUAAUCCUUCCGCUAAUUUUCUUCUACCCGACGAUGACGACGACAGUCACUUUUCUUUCGAUCCGUCCGGAACCUACAGUGUCAAGCGAGCAAGUACUCCCACUCCAUCAGACCCAUACUCGAGACGCCCUUCUACACCCCCGGCGGAAUCAUCAGAAUCAGGGCUGCGACGAACGGCAUCAGGCAUGUUUAUGCCGUUUGAGGACGAGGACGAGAAUCCACCGCCGCCCGGCAUAAUAGGCCGGGUGGUGGAUACGGUGAACACAGCACGAGACAUAGCCCACGUGAUAUGGAAUGUGGGGUGGAGAAGUUGA